AUGUCUCUUCCUUAUCUCAAGUCGCUGAAGAAGCCCGAGUUGGCCGAGUUGGCUGAUCAAACCGAUCUCCCACACUAUGACGACUAUAACAAGAAUGAUCUUGUCGUAGUUUUGGACAGGCAUCUUCGCGAAAACCGCUCUAUCUUCUCCGGACUCAAGAGUCUCACUGAAUACUACUCACGUCUGGCAUCUCCACCCCGCAGAGGAUCGCCCGUGAAGCGCGAAACCACGCGAACUCCAGCGCGAACCCCAGCACGUCGCUCUGCGAAGAAGGAAGUAAAGGAAGAAGAACUUACCGAGGAUGUGGGGGAAGAAGCCGUGCCCAGCCCAACCGUAGUCAGCCCGACUCCCACUGUGGCGCGCACGAGCGUGCGUCAGUCUGCGCGACAGACACCCCGCCAAACACCCCAUCAAUCAAUUAUCUCUCCCAUCGUGGAUCCCGAGCCAUCGCUGCCAGCAUCUCCAGCCGCGAUCGCCGAAGCCAUCGACACGCAGACGCUCAAGCUGCGCGAGACCAUCGAGGAUGCAUGGACUGCGUCAGGCUUGGUAGACCGCGCGCACUCUCUGCGCGCAACUCUAAGCAGCGUCAAGGCCGUUGAGAUCCUUGUGCUUCUUCUUGAGGGUGGCAGUCUUGCUAAAGCGUUGAUCCCAUUACGCUAUCUUACUACCACACCACCAGUGCAAGCGGCGCAUAUCCCAGCUAUUCCCAUCCGUGUUCCUGAUCUGUUUGUGUUUCUGGAGGGAGCAUUUUGGGCUCCGUUUUCGCUGUGGCUCAUGACUUGUCUGCUUUUGCCUUUGAUUUCGGCCUACUUUAUCAACUUGAGCUGGAAGGCUUCUAGCAGUGCGCGUCGGACUCGGUCUGCGCCUAAUCUUGCCCAGUUUGAUCCGUUGACUUUCAAUAUCGUCAAGGCGUUGCUGGUGCACUUUGUCUUUGUGAAUGAUUUCAACUUCUUUGGGUUCUAUAGCGGGUGGUCUAUUGGGAAGGUUACUGAUUCUGUCCCUGGUGGUGAUAUCGGUCUUUUGACUGGAACCGCUAUUGGCGGUAUUGGUGCUCUAUACGAGGCUAUUCUGCACCGCUCGUAA